AUGGCGAAAAGAGCUCCAGGGCUCACGCUUCUCCAAAAGGGUAAUCCUUCUUCUCGCUAUUCUCUGUACGGGCUCGUCUUUUUCAGAAGCCAGUUUUGCUCUUUCGCUGUCAAUCGUUGUCCUACUGUUAGUGUUAAGGAAACCAUUGAUUUGGAGGAUUUGGUAAAAACGCGUUGUAAAUCUGGUAAUCUUGGGUUAGAUGAAGCACUGGGUCACUUCGAUUCCGUAAUUCAAAUGAAACCCAUUCCCUCGAUUUGGGCUAUUAAUCAUUUGUUUGGGGCACUCUCGAAGAUGAAUCAGUGUUCCACUGUAGUUUCUAUGUAUAAACAGAUGCUGGCUUGUGUUGGCUUACACCCGGAAGUCCAUACACUGAGUGUUGUUAUCAAUUGCUUGUGCCGUAUGAAUCGGGUGGACUUGGGUUUCUCUGUUUUAGCAACUAUCCUUAAACAUGGUCUUCAGCCCAAUGCUUAUACUUUGAAUGCUUUGCUUCAUGGGGUUUGCAAGUAUAGGUCGCUCUCUGAGGCAAUGGAGUUACUCCAGAAAAUAGAAGAGAAAGGAUUAGCAUGCUGUGAAAUGACUUACGCUACUAUAAUUAAUGGGUUGUGCAGAGCUGGGAAAACAUGUAUGGCGCUUGAGAUACUCGAGCAAAUGUAUGAAGAUGGAAGGUUUAAGCCUGACCCUCAAUGCUAUAAUCCAAUCAUUGACCGCUUAUGCAAAGAAAGAAGAACAGAUGAGGCGCUGACCCUAUUUCGAGAUAUGAUCAACAAAAAUGUUGCGCCGGAUAUCGUCAGUUACACUUCAUUAAUUUAUGGAUUAUGCAACAUGGGUCUUUGGACACGAGCACUUGCUCUGUUUGAAAUGAUGAAUAAGAAAGGCAGAAAGCCUGAUGUUGUCACUUUUAAUUCCAUAAUUUCUGCAGCAUGCAAGUCUGGUAAGUGGGAAGAAGCUGUGCGUCUAUUUAGAAACAUGAUUGAUUGUGGCGCCUAA